AUGAUUACCCCACACUUUUCAAUUACCCAAGAUGAUAACUUUGUCGUAAUUACAAUACAUGCUCCUUACGUUAGAGCACAAGACGUAGAACUCGAUGUUGACGGAUCACAAUUCAGGUUUUAUCUAAAGCCAUAUUACUUACGUCUGCAACUUCCUGGAAAUGUCAUCGAAGAUACUCGCGCUUCAGCACUCUACGAUGUAGCAUCGGGGAAUAUGACAGUCAAACUUCCUAAAGAAACGCCUGGAGAAUAUUUUCCAGAUCUUGAUCUCUUGACAAAAUUAUUGGCUCGCAGUGUUGCUAGCUCGAAUGGUGGACAUCUAAUAGAAGUUGUUGGCGAGAAUAAUGAUGCCUUAACGGAUGCAGAGAUUGAAGAAGCUAUCGAAUAUUCUUGGGAGCUUCCACAGAAGGUUGCCGAUGCUCCAGAAAUACUCCUGAACGCGCAAUAUGGAUUCAGUGGAUCGUAUUCAGGAUACUUUACUCACGUGCAAGAAACAUGUAAUGAAAUUAACGAAGUAAUAGAUCCCGAGACGUCAACGCCUUUGUCAAGGCGGCAGAAUAGAAUACAAGCAGAAGAUUUGAAGUUUGAUGAAGAUCAUUAUAUCGCAGAUCUGUUAAACAAUGAACCGAUAUUAAACCUUCUAAAAUAUAAAACUCAUUGGUGGAAAACAUUAAAGAGAUUACAAAAAAAUGAUAAGGAUGUGCCAAAAGAAUCGGAUAGUGUAAUCAACGAAAAUGAGAAAUUACAUAGUGUGAAAGACCCCGAGCUGGAAUUCACAUCACGUGAGCGUGAAAUGAUGCUUAGGCUGCCUAACAAAGAAUAUCUUCUAAAUGACCCGAAAGCGAUUUACUUGGGAUUAGUAGAUCUUCUAUUCGCAUACAGCUAUAACCAUAGAUUUACUGAAGGAGAGAAUACCAUAGAGUCAGCUUGGACUAUAGGCAAAAUUAGUCCCACAAUAUCGUCGUUAGAGCAAUUUUCAACGUUAAGGGAGACUGUAAUUGCUCUUUUUCGUCGUUCCUUGUCAUAUCCACUCUAUCGAAGUUUUAUACUUUGCGAAAAAGUAUUGCAAGAUGUCUAUGUGCUAUUGAAAUUGGGAAGACGUGCAAUUAUAAAAGUACUUUUGGACAUCAAGGAUACAUUCGAUAAUCAUGACGUUUAUUAUAUCUAUUCCAAGGUUUGGCUGGAUGACUACUGUGUUUGGUGUAUGAAGGCCAGUGAUAAACACAUAAGAUCUUUGGCACGUGAGUUGCAUCAUUUCAAAAUUGAGAAGGCAGAGAUUGGGUUUGAGUUGGAAAAUCUCGAGCAAUUAUCUCAAGAGGCUGACAUAUAG